CUGUGUGAGACUCCCAGGCUUGUCCUGGUAGUACUAGUAUGCGUUAAUGAAUUCCGUGAUUGACACGGGAGCUGCUGACGAAGGCGGGUUAUGGAAAGGUAGAACAACGUCAGAAAGAAGGAGUGCGAUUCAACUGUUUUAAUUUACAGGUUUUUAUUGGAAUAGUCUAGAAAUGAGAAAUACAAAGUUAUGGCCGCAGUUAAGACAACCUUUGAAGGUGUAAAUCCUCCCGGAUUACUACAGAUUGAAGCAUCUUCCAGUGUGUUUCUAGAGUGGCUUCUGACUAAAAACAGAAAAUAUAACAUUUAAAGGUGGAUAGUUACAACAUUUUUGGGAUAAUCCAAAGACGUUAAAGUGAGAGCGGAUGGAGAACGUCAGAGUUAACACAGUCGUAAAACCACCAACCGGUAGAAAGAUGAAGGCCCGAGCUCCACCUCCACCUCAAGCUCCUCAGCCAGCCCCUCGUAGGAACUUCCCAGCGGCCCAGCCCACAGCGGCGGAGUCCUCAGAGCAGAGCUCGGGGGACCUGAAAGAGAAUGUGCUGCGCCUCACUGUGGACAUCCUCAUCAUCCUGCCAGAUGGCAUGGAGACGAAGAGAACAGUGAAUGGAAGUAAAGCACUGAUGGAUCUACUAGUGGAUUUGUGCAGCCAGUACCAUUUAAGCCCAGCAUACCAUACCCUGGAACUGCAGUCUAGUGAGGCUCAGCCAUUAGCCUUCAAACCAAAUACUCUGCUGGGAAAGUUAGAUGUGCACACAGUGCUGAUCAAGGAAAAGGUUGUCGAGGAAAAGCCCAGAAGACCCCCACCUAAAGUGCCAGAGAAAAGCGUAAGGCUGAUAGUGAACUAUCACAGGGCUCAGAAGGCCGUGGUGCGCGUAAAUCCUCUUGUGCCACUGAAGAAUUUAAUUCCACUCAUCUGUGAAAAAUGUGAAUUUGAUCACAGACAUGUUAUAUUGCUGAGAGACAAUAUUAACAACAGGGAACUGGAACUUUCCAAAUCGUUAAAUGACUUGGGAAUUCGCGAGCUCUAUUUAUUGGACCACAGUAUGGUUCUUCUAUCUAAAAAACAUUCUGCACCAGUUCUAAAUUAUGGAGAAUCAGGUCAGACAUCGUCUCUGAGCACCUGUGCCUCUGAAAAGAAAGGCUUCCUGGGUUUCUUCAACACGAGGAAAAGUAAGCCUGAAGAGGAAAGAGCAAUGGACACAUAUGCUUGUGACUAUGGAGGCUACUCAACAGUUCCAAGUACCCCCGCUGUGAAUGCCCGCCCCGGUACACUGGGUCCAUCGCUGUCUGUUGGCAACAUCCCAAGAAUGUGUCCAAAAGAAGAUCUAAAGAAACGCAGAGCGCCGCCACCUCCUGCAGGGCUAUCCUCACUGCACAGCUCACAGGAGGCCACCCAGGUCACACCUGGCUCACCAAAUGCUAACCAGCAGAAGAAACGACGUGCUCCACCACCACCACGCACGCCUGUUCUGAGUACUAAAAUGGAGGAAAAAGCUCCUGUAAGCAGUAACAAAAUGGAAGAAGCAGAAUCAGAAAUCAGUAACAAAAUGGAAGAGGCAGAGCCUGUGAUGAAUAAUACUGCAGAGGAAACAGAAUUGAUGAGUAAUUACAAAGUCGAGGAAACAGAAAACCACAGGCAUAGCACCAUGGGUGCCUGGCGUCAAGUGCCAGUAAAGCCUCGAAGAGGCAAUGUGCGUGAUCCACCUCAGUUAGUGCUCCCACCUCCCCCACCAUACCAUCCUUGUCUAGACACAGACUUUAUGGAUCCACAAGUAUUUCAACCAACUGAUGUUGAACUUGCAAGCCAGAUGGACUUGGCCCACCAAUCUUGGCUGAGAUCUGUGCAGGAUAGCCAUUUAGAACAAAAGAAUGAAAUGGAAUCACAAGGGCUGCAAGAAUUGGAGACAGUGUCCAUGGCGAGCAGUGGAAGCUUUCCUGACAAUACCUGUGCUGCCUCAGAGAGUACCACUGAGGACUCAGGCAUCGUCAGCUCACCUUCAGACAUCGCGCAUCCCCCCUCUCCUGAUAGCAGUCUGAGAAUGGGACGACAGCUGUCCCUGGAUCAGUGCUCCAGUGAAGCAGAUGUGCCAUGUCACACAGAUGUCUGCUCAGCCGCAUCCCAGGAUUUCUCCAGUGACAGUGAAGAAGGUAGCACUGCAUGGACUUCAAGAAGCAGACAGAACAGUGGCAUGUGUCUCGGAGAGAGCAGACGGGGCAUUGAUCUUGAUCAGUAUGAUGAAGACCUGUACAUCACAACUCAGCUGCACCAGACUCUGGCAGAUCUGGAGGCUGGUUUAGCAGAAAUAGAAGAUAUAGACUGUGCCAUGGAAAUGUCAACAUUCUCUAAAGAGAAGAUUGAGAUGUCUUAUCUUGGUAAAGAGCCUGUUUCUGAAUUGGAGAUGACAAUACCAGUGACUGCAAUAGACGAAGUGUGUGAGGAAUACAGGUGCAGCAUGACUGAUUACGAAGUAAAUAAAACAAAAACAGAGGAGGAAACAAACACUGAAAAAUAUUUCAAGAGUGACCUAGAAAACAAAAAUAACAACGCUGGCACAUCUGAUAAAGAACCUACAAUUAGCAUAAAUCUUUUUGAUGCUUUGAUAUCAACAGACCAACUUAGUCCCACUACAAAUACAGACUGUGUGACUCCUCGUAAAGGUCCAUUGGUAAAGCUCAAAGACCAAACUCAGAGAAAAAUUGACAAUCACGAAGAUAAGAUAGUGCUUGGCAGUUUUAAGAAAACACAGAUGAUUUCCACACAACAGAAGAUUCUGAGUAAAGAAAGUGGGGAUGCAGAAACCCAAUCUAAGAACCAAGUGAAAGCAACGGAAUACUCCGGUAGCAACAAACACCAUGAAGGACAGUCAUCUGCUAAAUGGAAAACGGCACAAAGUAAGAUACCACAUGAUUUUGUUUCAAGAAUCGGCAUGAACACUUUCACUGUUGUCCCACCAAAACCUGCUGUUAAACUGUAUCAAAAAGAAGGAGGGUCUUUAGUAUCAGGGGCAAUCAAAAUAGAUGCCCAAGGCAACCUCAUCAAGCCAGAUGUCGCUGACAUUAUAAAACGCAGCUCCUCAGGAGCUGGUAAUGACGAAGAAGAUUCGCUACUUGGGAAAGCAAAGGCAUUUUGGAACUCAGCAGAACAAACAGAGCUGGAUACCACAAACAGAGUGGCCAUCACAAAACACAGUGUAGACCCUGAAGCCUCUAUCCCACAGCGCUUGCAGCCUGGUAGCAAGCUGCCUCCUGAGGAAGCAAAAUCAGUAAAGCCAAAGGAAUUAAAAGAAGAUCUGGUAAGAGAUUGUACUGAAGGAGACCAGAAAAAGCCUGUUAUCCCAGGGUUAACAUACCAACCACCCAAAUCAUACAUACCAACCACCCCGUCAUCUAAUAUUGGGCCUAAGGCAGACCCUACUUUUCUGAAACCUUUUAGAAGAACCUCCAGUCAGUAUCUGGCAUCUGCGAUUGCAAAAUACACAGGGAUGCCCACACCUAGAGCUGAGCCUCUCCAUGAUUCAGCUCAAAAAAACCAUGAAAGCAUCCAAGAAAAUGAAAUACAAAUGUAUAAGUCUACAAACUUUAACCAGCAAUCAGCAAUCCAAGAAGAUUUCCAAGGCACCAGCCAGUAUAAACAUAGAGAAUCAAACAGCAUUAAACAUGUUCGAGCCUCUUCGGCCAUAUCAAAAGCUAAAGAACCAGGGUUAACUGUGUCAUCUGUGAAUCAGAGUAGACCACUGAGUUUUCCUAAUCAGUAUUUUACCCUGUCUCAGUCCACCAGACCUGCCUUUAAAGAAAGUGUUUCCACAGAGGAGAAAACUAAGAGUGACAUGCCAAACCCUAUACAGAGUGAAGCACACACCAUCACAGUACAAGAAAACAGGAAGAUGAAAAGCUUUGAAUUUCAUCCAUCCCCUAAGUCCCCAACAAGUGUGUCUCCUCGGUCAUUUGUGGCUCCUCUGAAACCAGAUUCAUCUUCCAAUAGGUCUUACCGUUACCCUUCAACUUCCCAGACGGGUUCACGUGCACCUCAUGGUAAUACUGAAUCUCUAUCACAGAAAACAGAAAUGUGGCUUUCAGAGGCGCCAUCAACUAACGAAGCCGAACCCAGUCUUCAGGCCAAUGCUGGUAUAUUUGGUCCCGUCAAAACGUUCAAGCCUGUUACCUUAAAGCCAGUACAAAAGGACACUUCUUUGCACAGUUUACUUAUGGAAUCUAUCCAAGGAAGUGAAGGAAAAGAAAAGUUAAGAAAGACAUCUGAUACUACAAGAAAUUACACUCAGAAGAAACCUUCCUUUGUUGAGGAGGAAAAUGAACGAUCAGCACUUUUGUCAGCCAUCAGAUCUCAAAAUCAUACCACAAGACUAAGAAAGACCACAUCAGCCGCAUCUGAAGAACUUUGUGCCAUUAAAAACAUACCAGUGACAGAAAAUCACAGAAACACUGAAGCUUUUCUUUUUCGUCCGGCAUUCUCACCCCCUCCUCCCCCUCCUUCUCCUCCUCCUCCACCUGUUCUGACAAAAGUUUAUCACUCAAACUCCUCUACAAAUUCACAUAGUAACCCUGAGCAAACAAGGGAAACUUUGCUGGAGGCUAUCCGCACAGGCCCUGGUGCAGCACAACUGAAAAGGGUCCCAGCUCCUUCAAAAACUGUACUUGUUAAUGCGAGACUAGGUACAAUACACACAUCUUCAAUUUCCUAAGAAUUCAAGCAUCAUACUGAACAUUCUGAAUGGAAUCACGACAAUCAUCAGAAUGGAUCCACCAUCCAAAAAAUCACGACAAUCAUCAGAAUGGAUCCACCAUCCAAAAAAUCACGACAAUCAUCAGAAUGGAUCCACCAUCCAAAAAAUCACGACAAUCAUCAGAAUGGAUCCACCAUCCAAAAAAUCACGACAAUCAUCAGAAUGGAUCCACCAUCCAAAAAAUCAUGACAAUCAUCAGAAUGGAUCCACCAUCCAAAAAAUCACGACAAUCAUCAGAAUGGAUCCACCAUCCAAAAAAUCAUGACAAUCAUCAGAAUGGAUCCACCAUCCAAAAAAUCAUGACAAUCAUCAGAAUGGAUCCACCAUCCAAAAAAUCAUGACAAUCAUCAGAAUGGAUCCACCAUCCAAAAAAUCAUGACAAUCAUCAGAAUGGAUCCACCAUCCAAAAAAUCACGACAAUCAUCAGAAUGGAUCCACCAUCCAAAAAAUCAUGACAAUCAUCAGAAUGGAUCCACCAUCCAAAAAAUCACGACAAUCAUCAGAAUGGAUCCACCAUCCAAAAACUCAUGACAAUCAUCAGAAUGGAUCCACCAUCCAAAAAAUCUGUCAUUAACCGGCAUGCCAAAUGUUGUAAUUAGUUAUUUCUCUGUGUUUAUUUUACAGGAAGUGAAUCUUAAAUAAGACAUAAGAUGAACCGUUAACAGACUGUGUGCCAAGAAUUGAUGCCCCUUAAUGCAUUUUCCACUACUGAUGAACAUUCCUCUUUGUCACAACUAAAUUCUCACUGAAUUUCAAGUUACAUAAAAAAAAAAAUUAGUGACGUAAUGCUCAAUAAAAAUGAAUAAAUGAGCAAACAGCCUAAACAAAGUGCCAGAAUGACAGUUCAGAAUGACCAGGUUUCAGGUUAGGAACUGGGCAUGAGAUCACAACCAAAGAGUGGGUCUCACCAUUGAAGUAGGCAUUUUCACAAAAAUGUAUAAAUGGCAUUUUAGUAGUGUCUAAAAUACAAAAACGAAACAUGUCUAAAGCCAAUAGGCCAUUGAGUAUAUUCAUCCCAGGUGACACUGCUGCACGUGACACCAGGUAGAUUGUGGUCUAGCAACCUGAGCAGCUACUCUCUAUAAAAGUUAGCUUGGGGGGAAUCUCAAGUGAGAAUAUGAGGUGGAUAAAUAAAUACAUUUGAAAUUUGAAAUUUGAAAUUUGAGGUUCAUCUGCUGACUUUUAUCAAGUUGCACUAUGCUGCUACCUGAUCAAAAAGAAUAGAUGCUUAUAAUGCUGAAAAAGUACUGACAAUUAUUUCAAGUGAUCAGGGAAAAACAGCACAACAGUCCAAUACAUCUUAAAGGUAUUGUUAUAACUUAUAUGGACUUCAUACUGGCUCUUUAAUUAAUAGAAACACAGAAAAGCACAAUAUAAUUUAGCGUGGUAUAGUGGCUUUUUUGCACUUCACUGUAUAGAUGCAGUUUAUCGCUGCUCAUUUUGGAAUCCAAAUUAAUGCUGAUGCUUUGACUGCAGUAUCUGCUGAACUUGUUAUGAAAAUGUGAACCCAAGUAGGAAUACUCUGGUAAUGGAUUAUGUAGUUGAUUUAAACAGGCACAGGUUUCUAAUGUAUGCAUUUAAAUCAGCGAGAAUAGCAUUGCUGAUUCUGAUACAAUAUAAAGGUUAUAAUUCUGUUAACCAAAUUGCAACUGGAAGAGUAGCAGUUUAUUGAUGAAGAUUUAGUGAAUGACCUUUUGGUCAGGCCUUCAGACCUUUUUAUUCUUCAGGAGAUUUUUGGAUCUUUAUUGCAAUUUUUUUUUUUUUAAAGAUACUGAACUGCCCUAAAUUUAAAACUGUAUAUUUAGUAAAAUAAUAUUAAUAAUACAAAAAAAAAUACACUUUAAGGCCCUGUCAUAAAGACGGCCGGAGUGGGUGGCGUCAGACCAGAGCCAGGAAGUAACACACAGACAGAGACUUGGGGUUUUGGUGAAGCUGAGCGCGUGAUCGCGCUCAGCAUUUAAUAACAGAACAGAAAAUAAAAGGUUUCAACAGACAAAACACUGGACAUGGCACUUGCGCCAAAAUAAAUAGACAAACAAAACUUACUAAACACUUAACAAACGGUGCACGGAGAGACAAACAAACACGGUGAGUACAAACACUUCUAGAUUAUUAUUAUUUUACUUCACAUUCUCCUUCUCCUCACCCGUUCUCCACUCUCGAACCCCCAACCCCGAGUGAAAGAAAUGUGCAUCUAUAUAUACUGUUGUGCUGGGAUUCAAUUACUAAUUAAUUAUUCACUUGAAUCCCAGCACGUGAAUUAAUUCUGUGCAACCCCGUGCUCACAUAUUACAUUUAACCAGCACGUGAAGUGAUUUGUGCCCUCCUCGUGCCUAAAUACAAAUCUACAUUUUUAAAUACACGUGAAACACAGACCCGUUUAUAUCCCGUGUACCAAUCUCUAUACACCAACAUUAACACACGCACGCAACAUACAACAUAUAACACACAAAUGCACACGGGCGGGGCACAUUGCCACAGGCCCAUAUUCAAAAAGCUAGUCACAGAGUUUUUGAUUAUGUACCGUAAAUAAAACUUAAUUUUAAUGAAACUAUUCUUCACUGUGUUGCUGACUUUAACAAUAUUCUGGUGUACUUUUAUGAAUGCCAAACUUUAUUUAAUUUAUCAAAACAGAUUUAAAAAUAAAAUCGUAAAUAACGUCAAGUUAAGUCUUUGUAAACAGGGCUCUCUGUUUCUGUUUUGCUGUAGUUGUAGGUAUGUAAAAAUGACUAAAGCACUUGCUAUCAGGGUAUUUAAGGGUAAGGGUAUUUUUGUAAGUUAAGCAAUUAGAACCUGUACAAGAUAGCUGCAAAAAUGUAUAAUUAUUUCUUGUUGCCUACUAUCUUCAGCCAAACAUAAUGUUUGACGAUGUGUUCUGUAAUUCAAUAUGAAUGCAUGCCAAUGCCAGAGAUUAAAGUUUAUUGAAGUUAAUGUGAAUGUUUUCUAUUGUAUAAUAAUAAUUAAAAAAACAUAAUACUAAUAUUAACAGCAAAUUACAUUUAUUUAAAAAUAGUUUACAUGUGUGCAUUAUUAUUAAUAUAUCUAACCCUUUCUGAUAAUAAAACAUACAGCUGAACUAUGGUCUCUGUAAGUCGCCUUGGAUGAAGGUGUCUGCUAAAUAAACUAAUACUAAUACGACUACGACUAAUAAUAAUAAUAAUAAAGCAUUCCAGCAGUUGAUAAGCCUAGUUGGCAUGUUUAAAUGGGAAUCAGUAGCAGUUUAGUUUACUUAUCAAUGUCCUGUAACAUUGAAAUCAUUGUUUUUAUAUAAAUUGAUACAUUUUUAUAUUUUGAUAAACUUUCAUAUUGGAA